GUUGACGCUUCAAAACGUAAGCGUAAACGUCAUCACGUUAAGCUACGUCUUGAGCGUUUGUUGCGGGAAGUCGAAUCUCAUUCAGACUAUUUACAUCGACCUACAGAGACCGUGAGAGUGUCAAAUUACUUCGAAGAGGAGUUUUACAGGUGAAGGUAAAUGUUUUAAAGCACAUAUGUCUCUAACUUUGUUAAAUUUGUUGUUUUGAUGCUUUAACUGACCAAAUUGAGUCGCUGCUAAAGCUAAAAGCUAACUGAAUGUUCAUCUAACACCUGAAUCGUUUGACGCUGUGCCCUUUGCUUUGUCUUCCUGCAGGUUUCACUGAACUUGAGAAAUCCUCUUUAAUCAUCCUCAUGGAGUCACAGGGGGCUGAAUCCCCUCCGUCUGUCUCAGGACAAGCCGAAGUCCUGAACUCCAUCCGGGAGCGCACCAUCGUAGAGAACAGCAUGGUGGUCCUCCUUCAGGGUCUGCAGGGAGAGGUGACCACCGUGGACCUGAGGAACGAGAGCUCAGCGUGCGGCCGUGUGGUCAACGUGGACGCCUUCAUGAAUAUCCGCCUGAAGGACGUGGUGUACAAGGACAGACGGGGUCAAGUCACACAGCUGCAGGAGCUGUUUAUCACCGGCAGGAACGUCCGCUACGUCCACAUCCCAGACCACAUGGACAUAAUGAAGACCAUCGAGAGCCAGCUGUCCAAGAUCCACAGAGUCCGCAACUUUGCCAGUGAAGGGGGAGGCAGAAAGGAGUUCAAGAAAACAACAAAAUAGAGGAAUAUAAAAACUCUGCUGGGUCCUGUUGAAGUGAUUCAGUCCACUGCAAACCUUUCUGUUGCACUAAACUGUGAAAUGUUGGACACCUUGACUUUGUAAGACCCUGAAGAUCCAUCAGAACAGGGAAGAAUUACUGCUGGAGAGCUGAAUCUAUGAGUUAUUUAGUAAACUGGAAAAAUCUGCUUUUUUCUGUUAUUAAAAACACUGUAGGAUAUAAAAGUAAAUGAUGUUUUGGGUCAUUUUUAACACAUCAAACCAACUGUAUAUUUGUUACUCAUCAUGUUUGCAAGGGGGACUGAAGGUUGGUGGUGCGAGCUCUUUACCCGCAGACUGUGAUCCUGAGUACUGCCUGAAUUUAAAGGGAUAUUCCGGCGUACUCUAUAGCCACUCCAUAGCCACAAAUAAUGCUCAGAACAGCACCUAACUUCAUCAACAGGACAUAUAGGGUCCUAGCCAUAGUACUAGCCACCAAACAUCUUUUAAACUUUGCCUAAUUUCUUUAGCAAAGUCACUAAACACAACUCACCUACUCUCUUCCAGCAGCUGCUUGUUUGUAGUGAGACCUCAGGCCAGUCCAUUACAGACUACAGUGGGGUGACACAGCUCAAGGAAGAACAUUUAUGAUCAUUCCUUUAUAAUUUCCUUGAAGAAAUAUUCACCAUACUGAUAAUUUUACACUACAGACGCAGGAGUUCUUCUGCCUGAGCAUCUCGGUCUGAUUGUAUUUCCAUGAAGAAAUGAUCAUAAAUGUUCUUCCUUGAGCUGCGUCACCCCGCUGUAGUCUGUAAUGGACUGACUAAAGAAAUCAGACAAAUUUAAAAAGAUGUUUGGUGGCUAGUGCUGUGGCUAGGACUCUAUAUGUACUGUUGAUGAAGUUAGGUGCUAUUCUGGACAUUAUUUGUGGUUAUAGAGUGGCAUUUUGGUUGAGUGCGUGGCUCUCUGUAUUGCUAUCUUGCGGUCGUUACUAAAGUUGGUAUAACAAGAGAAGAAAGCGGUCGGCAACAUUCAUCUCCGGAGGGGGUGUCUAACUCAGUGUUACGUUGUGUUUGACCCUAAAUUAAUUUCACGCCGGAAUAUCCCUUUAAGCUUGUGUUUGACUAUGAGUCACUUGGGAUUAUCCCUGGUUACCAGUGAGCUUUGCAUUUCAUUUUAUUCUUUAGUUACCACAUUGCUGCUCUUCUAUCCAAACUGGCAGGUUGUUAUGGUAGCACCUUGUCAAUCACAGUGUAAAGUCGCUAAAAGCAUAUAUUUAACUUUUUUUUACUUAACAUAUAAAUAAAAGUGAAUAAAAAGUG